AUGGCAAAAGACAACACAUUCACCAGCGCUUCCUCCAAGCUCCCCGCUUUAACUCUUUCUCCAGCCCAACUCUUCAUCCAAUCUCAAAUCUAUGCCAAACCAAAGAAUGUCCCCAAUGAUCUCAGUCUCUCCGGCCAAACAGCAAUAAUCACCGGUGCCAAUAAUGGUAUUGGCUUUGCUUGUGCCAAACUCCUCAUCCAACAUCGCCUGAGCCAUCUCAUACUCGCUGUCCGUUCUAAAGAGAAGGGAAAUGUGGCCGCUGAGCAACUUCGCAGUGCUUCACCUGGGACUGGCUGUCAGAUAGAUGUCUGGGAACUAGACAUGGGGGUUUACACCUCUAUUGCGGACUUUGUGAGGCGCUGCGAGGGUCUUUCUCGGAUUGACUUUGUCAUUCUCAACGCCGGGAUGGGCGGCUCGGCGUUUCAACGUAACAAAGUCACGGGUCACGAGGAGACGAUGCAGGUCAACUUUCUAUCCACCAUGUAUCUGUCUAUCCUGAUUCUUCCUAUCCUCAAAGCCAAAGCCCCUCCGGCAAAGCCUGGUCGCCUCACCAUAGUCAACUCGGGAACGUCGAUGCAUUCUGACCUACCUGAAGCCAAGGCAGACCAUAUCCUCUCGGCACUAGAUUCAGAAACUGGAUAUGACGGCAUGCAGCAGUACGCAAAGUCGAAACUGUUAGGCCAACUAUUCGUCGACAAGCUUGCGCAGCAUGUUGAUCCCAACAACGUGAUCAUCAAUUGUGUUGAUCCUGGGUUGACCAAAGGUACAGGGCUAAUGGACAAGGGCUCGGGGGUUAUGAAGUUUGCCAUAUCUAUUGCGGCGAAACUGUUUGGACGCUCUGGCGAGCAAGCAGCUUCAACAUAUGUUGAUGCCGCUAUAACACAAGGGAUAGAGUCUCAUGGCUCAUUCCUCAUGGACUGGAAGGUCUAUCCGUUUGGAGAAUACUACUAUACCGAAGAGAGACAGGAGGUUCAGGACAGGCUUUGGGACGAAGUAAUGGAUGAGUUCGCUUUUGCUGACGUGAAGAAGAUUAUGAAGUCAAUGAAUUGA